GUUGAAUAGCAUUUGGAGGUCAUCUUCAACCAGAGUCAAGGCCAAUGCUCAUGGUUUGGCCUGAAGGUGGUAAAUGCAGGUCAUAGAAACUUACUUCAGUUACCUGCUUUCGUUUGAAAUAUCUGCUGUCUAAUCGCAUAUAUAUAAACAUUUUUAGCUGUACCAUCCAUUGGAUGGGCUAAUGUUCGAUGAGACUGCAGUGCAUGUACUGGGAGGCGGCAUUGGUGGAACAGUUGGCGCAGUUCUGACUUGUCCAUUAGAAGUUGUUAAAGUUCGUCUUCAAUCUUCAAAAGGAGUUGUACUGUCUACUUCAUCUACUUCCAAUCUUUCCUCAGACCAGUCUGGCAAUCGUUUUUCUCACACUAAAUAUCCACUGUCUGGUAAUAAGUACGGUCAGAGAUUCGAUUUAGAUCUCAGGUCAAUCAAUCCCUUGCAUAAUAAUCCGAUAAAGUCCCCAGUAAUUGACUCUUCUACUGCAUCAUAUGGCCCAUCAAAUUCCAAACCUCACGGAUUUCGAAGAUCCGUCAUUCUUCGUUCGUUGAUCGAUAUAUGUCGUUAUGAAGGACCUACAGCCUUAUUUAAAGGUCUCAUCCCUACACUAUUCGGAGUGUUACCGUCACGGGGAAUCUAUUUUUGUGCAUAUCACAACGGGCAGUUGUUCUUUGAAAAGUAUUUCCAAACAGGAUCUUCAGCUGUUUAUUUGUGUGCGGCUGGAAUUGGAAGUAUAACAGCUUCCUCUUUGACCAAUCCUAUUUGGUUUGUGAAAACGAGGCUUCAGCUAGAUUCACGGCCAGGUCAUCCACCCAUUACUGUAUCACAAGUUAUUCGUAAUACAUGGAAUAAGGAUGGAUUACGUGGUUUCUAUCGUGGUGUAAGUGCAUCGUAUUUUGGUUCUCUGGAAACAGCCUUAAAUUUUGUCAUAUAUGAAAAUUUCAAAUCAGAACUACUCUGGAGAGAGCAUAAACGUCGACAAAAGUUGUUACUUAACACCACCACCACUACCACUACGAGUGGUCGUGUUUCCAAAUUUCAACAAUCCUCACAACCUGAAAACGAAUAUCUACCUCAAAAAGCCUCAGAUUUACGAGGAUCAUCUGGUGGGAGUAAAUUAUCCGCUUCGAAGGACAUGAUCUUGUGCAUGUUUGCCAGUGCGUGUUCUAAAGCCAUUGCUAUAACUGCGCUUUAUCCUCAUGAAGUCGCUCGAACUCGGUUACGUGAAGACAGUGGCAGAUAUCAUGGAUUUUUUCGUACUCUAUACACAGUUGGUAAAGAAGAAGGCAUUCGUGGUUUGUAUCGUGGUAUGGCAACACAUUAUAUUCGUCAGGUACCUAAUUCUUGUAUUAUGAUUGGGACUUAUGAAUUUGUUGUUUUUCUACUACAAUCUUGGGAUUUGACUAAAAUUACCAAGAAUUAAUUUACUAGUAUGUAUUAUUGCCUUUGCUUCUUUUCUUUAUUUUGUUUUGAUUUUUUGUCUUACUAUCCUUUGCUUUUGAUUCCCACCUAUAUAUGUACAUCAGAAUAGAUAUAUGUAAUCCUGAGUUAUCCUCGAUUUCACUUAUGUCACAAGCAUUACUUUUUGUUUCUAGUGAAUGUGAUUACCAUUUUCUAUCAUCAUUAUUAUGAUUGUGAAUUUCAUUCUCUCCCCUUCCUCGUUAUUAUCCUCUAAAUUAUGUAUGUAUUGGUGAUCGUAUAAGAGAAUUGGAGAAAGACAGGCUUUAAGCAAAGUGGGGUGGGGAGGGACACAGAUAUUCGAGAAACUCCUAAAUCCUUUUUUAUCUCCUGUAAAAUUGUUCGAAAAUUAUUCCCAGGUUCCUUUUUCUUUCUUUGUGACUACCUAUUUUCAUUUUCAUUAUUAUUAUUAUUAUUAUUAUU